AUCUUGCCCAGAAGUCAACAAUAGUCCUCCGAUAUUCGAGGUCCUCCACUCAUCCCCACAGAGGCUGACAGGCAGACAAACAGAAAGACAGGCCUGAGAUGACGGAAGUGCGACGUCGGGGCUCGGCUCCCCCACCGGGACACUACCUGUGCGGAUUGGCCAACUGGCACCCGGCCUGGCUGCAGAAGUACGCCACCACGAAGAUGUUCAUGGGUGUCUACGGACUGCUAGGCACCAUCCAAGCUAUGUCUUACAUGUAUUUUAUUGUUACACUGACCACGCUGGAGAAACGCUUCAAAAUACCGAGCCAGACUACAGGAAUCAUACUCAGUGGCAAUGAGAUCUCACAGAUAAUGUUGUCCCUCAUCUUAUCGUACAUUGGCGGACAGCGUAAUCGUCCGCGCUGGAUUGCCUGGGGCAUUGUCUUCUGCGGCCUGUCCUGCUACAUUCUCGUCCUGCCACAUUUCAUCUAUGGCGCUGGCCAGGAUGUCUUGCAGUUCACCAAGGAGUACCAGGAUAGCCUAAUUAAUAGCACAUCGGAUUCUGGUAUUCCCCUCCCAAAUGUCACAUCAACGCAGAGCGAGCAACUGUGUGGCGUUGGAAAAAAGGAGGAGGGCUGCGAUGACCUCUUCACUUAUGUGCCCCUGGUCUUGAUCUUCCUCUCGCAGUUCGUCCUGGGCGUGGGCAAUACCCUGUACUACUCCCUUGGCCAGACCUAUCUGGAUGAUAACACCAAGAAGACAAACACCCCGCUGAUGCUCGCGGUAGCCAUGUCUCUGAGAAUGAUUGGUCCAGUCGUUGGCUUCUUCUUUGGUUAUAUCUCCCUAAACACCUUCAUUGACCCCACGAAGACCCCGCUGAUUGACAGCAAGGAUCCGCGCUGGUUGGGAGCUUGGUGGCUCGGCUGGGUCAUAUUGGGCACUUUGAUGUGUCUCUUCUCGGGUUUGAUCGGACUCUUUCCCAAGCAGCUGCCGAAGGUUAACGAUCCCAUCAAGCACAACUCCCACCUGCCUCUGGCCAUGCGCCACGAGGAGCUCAAGCGCGAGGAGAAUCUCUCGCUGAGCAGUCGCUUCUCCUCGAAUGCCGCCUUGGACAACAUUGGAGCCGGGGCCGGUGCGAAUGCGGAUCUGCCCAAGCUGAAAGACUUUCCCCGUGCCCUGAUGCGACUGUUGCGCAACAAGCUCCUGAUCUUCAACAUCACCUCGGCUGUCUUCUAUAUCCUCGGUGCCUCCGGCUUCAUGACUUUCCUCACCAAAUACAUGGAAGUGCAGUUCCACAAGAACUCACAGAGUGCCACCAUUGUGGUGGGUCCUGUGUCCAUUCUGGGCAUGGUCGUUGGCCUAAUUGGCUCUGGCCUUGUUCUGUCAAAGAAGAAGCCUGCAGUCAGCAAGGUGCUUAUGUGGAACGUGAUCGUGGGAUGUGUCUACAUCAUGGGACAGAUAUCCUAUGCCUUCCUCUACUGCCCAGACACCUUUUCCAUGACUCAUGUGGGCGGGUAAAACUGAUAGUUGAAUCUCAUUGCCUAUUCUAAUGAAUUUCGACCGACAUGCCAUGCGGGCUGUCAGGGCUACAACGCCGAGUCGAAGCUCUACGAGAACUGCAGUUGUCUGGCAGAAGCUGGUGUAGUGCAGCCCAACGCCGCUCAGAGGCUGCUGAAACUACCACUCAACCUCCACAACUGGACGAAACCACGGACUUCACGCUCAGUGGCAGUGGUUAUUCGGCCGGGGAUCUGCAUGCAAGGCUGCAACUGGAGCUUCUGGGUGUUCUCCAUAACCUCGAUGAUCGUCAAUUGGUUUGGGUCCUCUGGCCGUGUGGGAAAUGUGCUGGUCAACUACCGGGCGGUGGAGUCUGGGGACAAGUCCUUUGCCCAGGGAUUGGCACUGAUGAUGAUCAGUAUGUUUGCCUUGAUUCCGGGUCCGAUUAUAUUCGGGCGCCUCAUCGAUUCCACGUGUCUGGUGUGGACGAAGACCUGCAACGGCAAUGGCAAUUGCCAGCUGUACGAUCAGACGCGGUUCCGGUACUCCAUCAACUUUUUAUCCUGCUUACUCACCUUCAUUGGAAUGUUAUUUGAUUACCUGGUCUGGUACUACGGCCGGGACCUGGAUAUCUAUGGUGACAAGGAGGCUAAGCAGGUGGAGCGGGCCAACAGGAAGGACCAGCCCAUUACUCCCCUCCUGGCCAAGAAAUCCGAGAGGAUCCAAGAGGAAUACUAAAGCUAGAGCCAAUGCGUGAUACUCAAUUCUGAGGAAUAGGGUCCUAUAGGACAGGCGAGACCGAGAUCCUAACAUGAAACGAAAGGUAGAAGAAAUUUUUAGAGUAAGUAUCGGUAGAGCGAGAUCCGGCAAUGCCAUAAUUCCACCGCCAUAUGUACAAACCUCUCGCUGUCGUCUAGGAUAUUAUCCAUUUUGUUUAUUUUCGUGUUUAAUUUUUCAUGUUUUUUCUACUCAUUUAAGAAACACUACACCGUGAAUAGCUUUAUAAUAAAUGAAAAUGAAUUUAUA